GCCCCAGUCUGUAUUGCUUUUGUCUCAGUCAAUGGACUUCAACUUCUGGACGGCUAUUCAUGUGAGACGCUGUCUGAAUCUUGGGAAUCACUGGCUUUCCUUUGAGAUGUAAAACCACGUUCCUGGCAAUUCUUUCUUUUAGGUCCAGAAGGCACCGUUGCCUCAAGGCCAGCAACCUUCGCUCGUUGUCUAUCUUCUGGCCUCCACUACCCUGACAAACAGUCCACAGGCAUUUCAGGCUAAGGACAGGACUGUUCUUGCUUUAUAUGGAAACAUGCAGCCACCUGUAUGCAACUCAUGUUUGUUCAUUAUAUCGGGCCGUGAUGCAGCGUUCUUGGAUGUGGUAGGGUGUUGUCAGCCUCAAGACCACUGUUAUCGACAGGCUUCGAUCAAACAUUGCAACGCAAGUGCUGUCAGAGCCAGCUAAGACUUGCUUUUCGUGCAUCGCUGGUGCUCAGCGCUCAGCGCCAUCCCAGCGAGCAUAUUCAUAUCCAUAUUCAAAGCAAGCAAGCCCGCCUUGAAAGCCAUUCUUCUUCUCGCCCAAACCACUGUGUGAGACGUCAGCUCCCAGAUUAUUUUAGCCAAUCUCUGCAGAUCAAACCGGAAGAAAGCUCAAUUGAACAAAAGCAAUGGGCAAGCUGAAGGAGAAAAGCUUGAGAUCACCACCUGCCAGUAACCACUUCCGGGAGAUCAUUUCUGAGGCUUCCUCCACCACUGGCUCUGUUGCUUCGUCAAAGGCUGCAGAUGGCCACAACGUCGAGGGGUGGGCAGAAGAGGACAUUCGAAUAUAUAAUGAACUGCUCAGUGAGCGGGCAAAGCUGGAGAAGGAGAAACAUGAGCUGGAGCAGAAAUCUUCCAAGCACCAGGCUCAAAGGGCCCUACUCGAUGAGAACUCUACCGCUCUGGAUAGCUUGUUCAGGGCACAGUUCGGUGGCGAAUUCAAGUUCACAGGGGACAGCUCAUGUUGCCUGGAUGCGCGCGGUGGUAAUGCAUGUGCAAAGGAUCACAUGGCCAAGGGCCUUCCCUGCGGGCAUGAGAUAUGUACUCGGGCAAAGACCAAGGGUGUCUCAUGGAUGGAAAUGGACACGAUCAAGUACUACCAUGCAAGGAUCAUGUCUGAAAAGUCUCCAAGAAUGCAGGACGCUUUGCGCAAACAAAGAGACGUUGAACUUGUCCGCGUCAAGAAGGAAGACGAAGAGGAGAUUGCCUGGAGGGCACGAAAGGCUGCGAUGACAGACAAAGCCUUAGGCAACGGCUUUGACCGACCAGACAAGGAAGUGAGGCAGUAUGAGAGUGCUAGUGAUGUGGUUCCUGCGGCCUUAGACAUGAUUGCUCCCAGAGAAGUCUUGCUUGACCCCAAGAACAGUGCCAUCCUGGAGGCUGCUAAGGAGAAUGAACAUGUUGUCCGCCAGAUCCGGGCCAGGCUGGACAGGAUCCGACAGGAUGUAAAUGCAGGCAAAGUCUCGUCCGCCGACGCUCGUGUGUCACUGGACCAGGCCAACCGUGAGAUGGCGGAAGCAGAGAGAAAGAACGACGCCUUCCGGAAACUAAUACUGGACGCCGAGCCUGCCCUCUCACAAGUUCUUCCUGCUGACUCUGCUACCUUGUCAAAUGCCCUCCACACCAGCCUGACCUCUUCCACUGCUUCUGACGCUUUCACUACCACCCUCGGGAUGAUGAGUUGCUUCCUGAACACCUGUGACCCUCGAGACGUUCAAGCAGCCAUUGGAGAACUACGCCAGGCCCUCGAGGUCAACGGACCGUUGAGUACCGUGCUCCAAGAGUCCCUCAAAACCCUGCAAGACAUCCUGUCGCGAUCAAAGGCCGAAGACACCCCAGACGACGCCGCCGCCGACGAGGAGGCGCGAGCCUGGCGCAAAUUUUUGGACACCAUGCUGAACGUUAAACAGAAACUCAAAGGCUCUGGCGCUGCAUCCUCUGUCGCUGCCUUCCUCGAAAUGCCCACCACCGAAGAAACCAUCAAGACCAAGCAUGAAUGUACCAAGGUAGAGGAGGCGGCGAGGAAAGACAUGGAGAAGAUCAUGGAGAAGAUGUCGGGUGACACGGUCGAAAACAUCACCGCAGCUUUGAGGAAAGUUAAAUCCAAGGCCGUACUCAAAUCGCCCAUACCGCCUUUUUCCGAAAUGGCUCUCGAGAACACGAUCACGGAUCUCUUGCAUCUUCGCACCGCCAAAGCGCUGGUCGCCGAGGCAGCUUCCGACGAUGCCAGCGACUCCUUGAUCUCGGGAAAGUUGACUUCUGUGGUGAUGAACAUGGCUAGAAAGGAUCCGGAAAGAUUUCAAGCCACGAUGGAUACUGUCAAGCUUGCCAUCAAUAAGUCUCUUGAGACCCAAAAGAAGACGGCUCCGCCCCUGCUGUCCCAAGCUAUUGCAAAAGUUGAGGGAUCAAUUCCGAAAUUUGUCGCAGCGCACAGAAAGAAAUUGGCCCAGAAGGCUGGUGCCACCGACCCGAUAAAUCCGCCUGGCGAGCGCAGCUCAUCUCUGGUCACUUUGCAACCACUGACUGAGGUGGAUAAAGACAAAACGCUUCCCCUGGCGUUCGGGGAAUACCUUCUUAGUGACCGUAUCCUCGAUAAAGAGUCUUGGAAGGCAUUCCGGGAUUUCUUCGACACCGACCCUCCCCCGAGCAAUGAUCAGGCCAGGAAACGAGUCAUGGCUCACUAUGGCAAGCAUUGGCCGGAAGGUAUAUGGGAAAUCUUCCGCGUGGUUAUCGAUCAUCAUCCAAGGCACACUUUCCGCUUUGAACCAUGGAAGGCUAAGAAGGAACUGUACCGCAACAACAUGUCCUUUUUCGCCAUUGUGGGCCCCCAGGCCGUUCCAAAGUCAAUCAUGCAAUUCCAGAAACGUGGCGUCUGUCCAGCGAUGACGGCCGUUGCUGUGGCUCAAGGCUUCACGUACCACAUAAGAACGGACCCUAGUGCACUGGAGGACCAGGGACCUCGUCCACUGGAGUACUUUUCGCAGGUGUUCCACAGCAUUUACGCCUUCUGCGACCCGGUUGAGAGUCCAGACUGGUUUGGAGCAUUCGACAAUAUAGGCAAUGCCAUGAUAGACCUCUUGGACUAUCUCGUCAGCCAGGCCCGUGGGAUUGAUCCGAGAGCUGCAGAAGUACUGGCCACUGAUGUCGUCGUGAUGGUAGCCACAUUCGUACUGACCGCAGAGAGUCGAGCCAUUGCCGUCAACAACGUGCAUGCCAUUCAUGCUUUUAUCCUCGAGAACCUGAUCGAUGGCCAGGAUGGCCUUGACGAGCUGCAACGCAUUCUCUUCUAUUUCCUUUGUAUGUGCAAAGACUCCCGCUACAGAUGCUCCCCGAAUCACCCGUGCACAACACAUGUUGUGGAUUUCGUAGCGGAACAGGUCGAAGCAUACGAGCCUAUACCGGAUGAAAACCCGUGGGGCGACGUUGUGGCGUCGGUAACCGAAAACGUACCACCGCCGACGAAGCAAGAUGUAGAACCGCAAUCGAUGGAGUUUCAGAAAUACCACGGCCAUAACGGUGAGCCUGUGCCAGACUAUCUUGCGCCGCUUUUGAGGCAGUUCUUGAAGCUGCCGCCCGGUUCUCACCCGUGGGCAGAGCCAAUGCUCUCCGUCGGAACCUACCACGAGUGUGUCCGCAAAUUGGACAGAGCCAUAUUCCAUGGACCUCACAGGUUGUGCAUGCAACUGGGAAAGGAUUGUAACUGUACCAAACACGACAAGGAACUGUUCUCCUUCUUGCAAACCCGCAGGACUACCAUUGCGACCGGCCUUGAUGAGGUGAGGGCAUGCAUCAGAAGGGGACAAGACGUACCUGGGGAUGUAUGGACGCCACUGGACGAAGCGGCCAAAGAGGUUGUCAACCGCAUUGAACACUACGAGAAUGACGGUGAGGCCGAUAGCGAUAGCGGCGAAACAGGUGCGCAGGCGAAGUCUCGAUUCACCGAGCUUCUCGAACAUAUUCCUGCAUCCCGCGACGCACAACGCGCCAAAUUCAAACAUGUCCCAGUCAACGUACCGAACAUUCAGAACCACGCUUCUAGCAGUCCAUCAGCACGUGCAAAUCCGGGAGACUAUUCUUCAGAAGCCGCCGCCUCUUCAUCUCGCCAAACUGCUCGAAAGCCCUCCGCAGGCACCAAACCGUGGACCUCGGAAUUGACCAAGGCUACCGCAACCAGCUCUCGCACAACCACCAUUCUCUCUCGCUCUGCAGGGCCAUCAACCACAAUGGAAGCGCCUCCAAUGACAAAGAAGGAGCUUCGAAUCAUGACGCAACUUAAGAAAUUGGACGAUGGUAUUAGGAGAAUGAACUCCAAGUUCGACGAGAUUGAAGGACAAUCGGCAAGAGAAGCGCUCCAGGGAAUCAACUUGCGAUUCCGCGAAAUGGCACGCGGUCACAUCGACGCGGCCUACAUCAUGGCAGAUGGCAACGAUUACUCUGGCCUGCGCGCCUGGCUGGACUACAACUAUGGCCGGAACCCUGCUGGCCACACCGUCAGCGACAGAGACAGCGACGAUGACGGUGACGAUGAAGAUAAUGAUGGAGAAGAAGAUGCCACCACCUCAGAGGAGACUAUCACAAAGAACAUCGGUUCUGCAGAGGCACAAGGUCAGUCCGAAGGUUCAGGCUCAGCCAUCACUCAAGCGUGGGGCAGCACAUUGGCAUCGGCACCAAAGGACGCCGCCACCGCCACGCAUGGAGAAGGGGCUGGAGCUGGACCGUCCUCGAUGCCACCACAAAAGAAGACCGGAGGUCGAGGCAAGGGCAAGCGGGGAUCGAAGCGCAAGCACUAAAAGAGCUCAGCUAGCGUUAUUGACGCCUCACCAAGGCCAGGCUUCAUGCAGUGGGCGCAGGCUACGGCUCAGUACCGAUACCACUUGUCAAGCGGGCGGGACCGGAUACUGCCUUGCUUUUUUUUCUUUUCGGAAAUGUUCAGAUUAUGGGAAACAAAAGGCGUUAGGUUUGCGGUCUCAGGGAGAAGGGGUGUGUAUUCAGAUUACACAACGGAGUUUAGCUCGUUUACGGAAAAUGGCGUUCAGAAUGGCGAGUGACAGCAGCAUCGGAGAGGAAAUGAAACCUCGGAUUCACUCGACAUCCACGCAGAGUCGGAUGGAUGGAUAUGAGAUUUUCCGUUGAGUCCGGCUGGCAUGCAUGGGUUUUCUUUCGACAUGGGGUUUACUGUACUGUGUACAAUAGUCUAGGUCUUGCGGGCAACAGCACAAAAUGGUUUUUCUUCAAGAGGUUGCUUCUUUUGACUCGUUUCUGGUACCGGGGCUGUGCGCGCAUUCUUUUGAACCGCUGCCUUUCUGACAGUACCUAGGUGCGCAACCAGGGCGCAAUAGAGAUUAAAAAAAAUGACUUUGCCCGGGUGCGCGCAAGUUGCUACGAUAUCGCUGACUCGGUGCCGGCAGCUACUAUGGAGUUGGGAAGUUCAUCGACCAACUUCAAAUUAUGACUUCAUAUCGUUUCAUUGGGGCAGAUACGGUACAGUAUCUUCGGAGAAGAAUGUGCUCUGCUCGGUCAGUCAUAGGUCCACAACACCAUAGGGCUCAGCAGACUGUCAAACCGACGUUUGGUUUUCGAAUAUCUGCAUGAACCAGCGCUGGUCAAGAAACGCCCAGUCUAUGCCCAUCCUCACUUUCUCCAUACAUGCAAUGGGGUCCUCCGGCGACGAACAUCUCGCGGUGGAUAUUCCGUCUAGUUGUGGUAGUAGGUAUCCGCCACGGUUUUAUGGCCCCGGGCCUCCAACACAAUUGUUAGAUUUAUGUUCCGAAGAAAUUUC